CCUUUAAAAGUGUAUAACGAAAUAAAAUAUACCGCUGUUUAGUCAGAUAUCAUAUUUAGGACAGGCUAUAUAUACAAAUAUGUCGGUGAAUAGGUAUAAAUGUUAAACUGUCUAUAAUGGAUUUCUUUUUCGACAGGUAAAUCAGGUUACCUUGAUGUUCCUGGGUAUUUUGAUAUGUCUUUCCUUUGUACUGUGUGAAGCAGGAAAUCGUCCUCCUAACAUACAUAUACAACCAGAAAACAGAGACAUAUUCUUCAAACCUGGCGAAACAAUAGAGGUCAAAUGUGCCGCCGAUGGCAACCCGAAACCAAAGUACAUAUGGAAGCGUAACGGAGAGGUUUUCAACCCCAGUGGCCAGGAUGACCGCGUUGUACAGCUGCCUGGUCAAGGCACACUGGUUUUCAACAACCCAGAACCUAAAGAUGAGGGCAUAUUUCAGUGCUUCGCCGACAAUGGAUAUGGAGUGUCAGCUUCGAUUAAAGUGAACUUGAAGGAGGCCAUUCUGAAGAAGUUUGUUUAUGUACCAAAAACUACUCACCGAGUAAAAGCUGGAAAGGCUCUAACCUUGCCGUGCACACCGCCCCAGAGUAACCCACCUGCUGAUGUGUACUGGGUUUACAGGUCACGUGAUGGUCGAUGGGAAGCUGUCAAUUUCAACAAGAGAGUCACUAUGGACUUUGAAGGAAGACUUCGAUUUACGAAUACGAAGAAAGAAGACGAGGCUGGUGGUCGGACUUACUGUUGUAUGGCUAGCAACUAUUUAAUGCGAGAUAAUGCCAUCGGUCCUGAACAUGAAGUGAAGAUUAUAGGAGGGACUGAACAUAAGCGACCGGCACAUGAAUUGUGGACAUCACCUAGCGACCAGUUCUUUCUCAAAGGACAAACUCUGAGAUUGAAAUGUAUUUUUGCAGGAAGUCCUACACCAGAAGUUUACUGGGAGAGACUGGACGCGCCUUUACCAGGUCGAGCGAAAAUCAAAAGUUUUGGUCAAGAACUCCGUAUAUACGACGUUGAACUUUCAGACGCCGGGCAGUAUCAAUGUAUGGGACUGAACACGCAAUCAUCACAAAGAGCUACUAAAGCCUUUAAUGUUAGGAUAGAAUCUGCACCAUAUUGGACGGAAGAGCCAGUUGACGUGGAAGCGGGUGUCAGUGAGACGGCAACGUUUAUCUGUCGUGCAGGAGGCAUACCGAAACCAGAUUAUACCUGGUUUAUAAAUGGUGUACCUUUAGAGGAUGGUCAAGGUAAAAUAGGAGUACGGGAUCCUCGGAUCUACAAUAAUCUGAGAUUUUUCAAACCUAACCAAAACAAUAUCACUUUAAUCAACCUCACACGUGAUGAUCACAUGAAUAUCCAAUGUAACUCCAGCAACAAACAUGGUUAUGUCUUCUCUGAUGUCUAUCUCAACGUCUUAGCGGAGAAACCAAUCAUUGUCAAGCUACCUCCAGCACAGAAGAAGGUCACAGAAGGUCAGUCAGUGAUACUGGAGUGCUUAGUAACUGGUAAACCAGACCCUAUUGUCACGUGGUAUCGAGGCACGAGUCGGAUAACUGGUGGACGUUUUCAAAUCUUGUCAAAUGGAAAUUUGCAUAUUGCGAAAGUGGUGAUGGCCGACGCUGGAGAUUAUCGUUGUCAAGCAUACAAUAUCUAUGGGAACGCGACUUCUUCUGCCUGCAAGACGCAGAUAAGGAGUAAGACAAGAAUAACACAGUACCCUAUGGAUUUAGAGGUGAUCGCUGGCUUUGACGCUAAAUUUACAUGUGCUGGAUCCACGGACUUUGACGAGGCAAACAACAUGCAAAUAUACUGGGAAAAAGACGACAAAAGAUUGUUUGAUAAUAAACAAAGAGUGUCACAAAACUUCCAUGACAAUUCUUUAACGAUCUCAGGAACUGUUAUAAGAGACUCCGGAGUUUAUACGUGUGUUGUAACAAAUGGUCUGGAUGAAGAUAGAGCUUAUACUAUCUUGACUGUCAAAGGUCGGCCUGACCCUCCUUCGUCUGUUGAGAUAGAAAGAUGCCGUGACGAUUCAGCUACAGUGAAAUGGAUCAAGGGCAUAGAGAACAAUGCACCAGUGCAAUACUUUAUUAUCCAGUAUAAUACGUCUUUCUAUCCUGACCAGUGGGUUUCUGCUAAAUCAGUAGAUUACACCCAGAGCAUUGCCAGAAUAGACCUUCAGCCAUGGGCAAAUUAUACAUUUCGAGUGAUUGCAACUAACAAAAUUGGUACAGGCCAACCUAGUCAACAUACACAGAGAGUUUGUCGCACAAACCCAGAUCGUCCGAACAGGAAUCCACGAAAUUUACGUUCAAUUGGUGACAAAAGAAACACUCUAAAAUUACAAUGGACACCGGUGAAUGAAAUAGAGCACAAUGGCCCUGGUUUCAAAUAUCAGUUGACCAUUAGGGGAAAAGGCAGUUCAAAGUAUGACACUUAUAGUAUAAGCAACUGGAAAGAUUGUAAAAUCGAGAUACAAAUCAACAACACCACAUACACGCCGUAUUUUGUGAGGUUACAUGCUAGAAACAGUGUUGGUGUUGCAAAAGAAGAUACCGUAGACCAAAUAUUGUAUUCGUUUGAAGACAUACCGAAAGUUCACCCAUAUGAUGUUGCAGUGGUAUAUGCAGGUGACACGUAUGCAAACAUUACUUGGAGCUGGGAUUCUAAAUGGUUAGAGGAAGAUGGAAAAAGAAGAGACAUCCGGGGUGACAUGAAAGGCUUCAAGGUUCAAUACUGGCAAACAGACAAGAAACUGAGUUCGUUCUACGAAACUGAAGUUCUAAUAGCGGACAUCAUGUUGGCAAAUAACUCCCCGAAAGACCAGAAGAUUCUAUCAGAGAAUGUGCUAUACAAGCUGUCUCCCUACAGCAGUAUGCAGGUUCAAAUUCGAGUCAUCAAUAACUAUUAUGCAGGUCCUCCGAGUGAGCCAGUUUCUUUCAAAACGCUGGAAGGAGUUCCCGGACCUGUACAAUGGUUAGCAGUUGGGAAAAGGAGCAGUAAUUCUGUUACAUUUACCUGGAUGAAGCCGUCCGAAGAAGAAUGUAAUGGCAUUUUGAUAGGGUACGACAUAGGAUAUCAAACAGUUGAUGGCCUAAACCUUGGAGCGUUUCAAGACAAUAUUCUGCAAAUUGAUGAUCCGAAUGCCGAGUUUGCUCUGCUUGGUGGAUUGUUACCUGCAAAAAAGUAUAGAGUUCACGUUUUUGCUCGAACUAGUCGCGGGAGAGGCGAAGGUACCUUUAUAGAAGUGUCAACUACAUUAAAACCAUCCCUUGCACCGCCUGUGGUUGGUACAUCUGAUAUUACAAAGUCUUCAAUAAAUGUCAGCUGGGAGGAUGAAGUAACCGUUCGUGAGCAAGAAGUGCAUUAUGUUGAAUUUAGAAAAAAAGGUGCAUCGGCUUGGCAAAAGUCACUGGAUGCGGUACAGAGAAACUAUAUGGUGCUUACUGAUCUUGAAUCUGGAACAGACUAUGAAAUACGAGUUGUCGUAUUUGACGGACUUCAUCGUAAAUAUAGCGAACUCAAGGUUAUUGCAACGGCUGGAUUAGCGUAUCCACGAUCUAUUGCUGCCAACUACGUUUGGUUGAUAGUGAUGUUGUGUUCGGGAAUGAUUGUAAUUGCUGUCACCAUGACAAUAUUUAUAAUAUACAGACGAAGAAGGAAUGUCAAAGAUACACCUAGAUAUAAAAGAGGCAUUGUGAUUAUGGACAGUAUAUAUAAGCGCCGCUUCGUUGAUAAUCCUGGUGAAGACGACCCUGCUGAUAAACUUCUAGUCAAGGGUCAUCCAAAGAACAAGCAUGACGCAAAGCGUGGUCAUAUGCAAGUAGUCCGUGGCAAGCUGUUUUAUCGAGGCCGCGCUUAUGAACGUGUUAAAGACGAUGAUAAAUUUGUGCGAUGUGUUGAUAACACAAGCGUCAGUGAUUACCAAGAUGAGAAUAACAGUGAAAGGAGGAGUCUGUAUGGCAGUGUUAGUGAUUAUGAAGUUGACACGUAUAGUGAUGACUACUAUAAUAGUUAUGAUACAGAAAAGGAUAGUUAUUGCAAAAAGUAUGAUCAAAGUGACUACGACAGUCAAGAAUAUGAUCGAUACAGUGUUAAUGAUAGAUAUAACUAUGAACAUAAUGACACUCGACGGAGAAAAGAAAGUACUGAUCAGAACGAGGAAAGCGAUCAGGACUCAUGCAAAGAUGAGGGUGAGGAAAUAGAGCGACCUGAAGCUGAGAAUUUCGAUUUUGAUAGCACUGACAAUGGUCAGCAAACUAACACUGGUAGCUAUGGUUCUUAUGAUGAUGAGGAUGAUAAUGACGACGAUGAAGAGGAGGAAUAUGAUGAUUCCUAUACAGAUUAUGAUGAUGAAAAUUCUUCCUCAGAUACUGAUAGUGAUAGAUCUUUUAUUAAAGUCAGAAACAAGAUCUCAUUGAUGGAUGAAGAAAAUAACACUGGAAACUCAGACAUGGAUGAUGAUGAUGAAGACUCUGAGAAUGGAGAAGACAGUCAAAGCCUAUAUGAAGAUGAUGUGGAGCAGGAUAAACAUUUGCUUAGUGAGAACAAUACACGAAGCGUGCUGACUACCAGGAGACCAGAGAGUCAUUUGGAAGGCGGUUGUAAUGGAAAUCACAGACAUCAAGAACAUUUAUUAAAGAAAUAUUCUUAUAACAGUAAACCGUCAUAGUGGUCAUGUUUGGCACUACAUGAAUUACCACAAAUAUCAUGCCAGUACCGCAAUAAGCCGUAAGCAUAAUCUGAUUAAGUUUUACCGGAAGAAUCCGCAGGAGAGAAGCCACAGGACGAUUCAAAUGACUCUGGAAGUGGGGGAUUAUUGAGCCGCGUCAUAAGAAAACCGACACAGUGCAUUUGCGACCAGCAUGGAUCCAUGUUGUUCGCUUUCAAAGCCUAUUGCCAUGAGAGAAACCAUUAGCGAACAGCAUGGAUCCUGACCAGACUGCGCGGAUGCGCAGGCUGGUCUGGAUCCAUUCUGGUCGCAAACGCACUAUGUUGGUUUUCUCAUGGUGCGACCCAUUUUAUUCUCAAAGCAGCAUCUUGUUUGUGAUUUUCCAUUAUUGUGAUACAUCUCUUAAAAUAAAGUCAUUGUUAUUGCUAUAAUAAUAAUGAUAAUAAUAAUAAUAAUAAUAACCAUCAUUAUUAUUAUUAUUACAUGUAUCAUAAUUGUUAUUAUUGAAUAUAAAAUAUUUGAGAAUUGAAUAAAAAAAAAACGAAAUAUGGUUAACCAUUAUUCGACAAAUCUGUAAAAAAAUGUUUGUUUAAGUACAUUUGAGAAUUUUAAAUAGUUGCUAAAAACUUGCGUUCUUCUAAAAAUAAAGAACAUAUUUGUUUCCUUUUUAGCUCGACUAUUCAAAGAAUAGUCUAGUUAUUCUACUCACCCUGGAGUCGGCGUCGGCGUCACACCUUGGUUAAGUUUUUGCAUGCAAGUACAUACAGCUAACAUUUAAAGGCAUAUAGCUUUGAAACUUAUUUAUUCUUUUUCUAGAUCAAUUACCAACCUCACUGGGUCAAGUUCCAUAACUCUAGCAUGUAUUUUGAGCAAAUUAUGCCCCCUUUUGGACUUAGAAAAUUCUGGUUAAAGUUUUACAUGCAAGUUACUAUCUCCAAAACUAAUGCAGUUAAUGAAUUGAAACUUCACAUUUGUCUUUGGGGUUAUAAAACUAUUUGAUAGAAUCAAGUGCCAUAACUCUGACAUGUAUUUUGGGCAAAUUAUGCCCCCUUUUGGACUUACAAAAUCCUGGUUAAAGUUUUGCGUGCAAGAACAUACAGCUAUUACCAAAAGGCAUAUAGCUUUGAAACUUAUUUAUUCUUUUUCUAGGUCAAUUACAAACCUCACUGGGUCAAGUUCCAUAACUCUAACAUGUAUUUUGAGCAAAUUAUGCCCCCUUUUGGACUAAGAAAAUUCUGGUUAAAGUUUUACAUGCAAGUUACUAUCUCCAAAACCAAUGCAGAUAUAGAAUUGAAACUUCACAUGUUUCUCCGGGGUUAUAAAACUAGUCGAUAACAUCAAGUCCCAUAUUUCUGAUAUGCAUUUUGGUCAAAUUAUGUCCCCUUUCGAACUUAAAAUUCUUUUGAUAUUUAACAUUUUGGGUAAUAAUUUCCUGCUUCUGUGACAAUAUUUCGAAUAGUCGAGCUUGGCUGUCUUACGGACAGCUCUUGUUGAAUUUCUUGUAACUGUUUUCAAUCGAAUUAAAUACGUUAAAGACAGAAACCUUGUAUCUGAAAUAAAAGAAUUACUUAUUACCGGCGGGCCGACAACAAUGUUUAUCGCAGGCACUAUCCAUAAAAUGUAUUUGAAUAUUUAUACACUGGUAAAACAAUUACGAAUGCAUGUUUAAAGGCACUGGUCUCCAGAUUUUGUCUGUAAAUGAUCUUUCUUUUUAAUCGAAGUUUGAUCAUAUUAUGAAAUUUAGAACAUGAAUUUUUGUUUCUAAACUGUAUUAAAAUGCCAAAUCAAGAAAAACAAAAUGCCCUUGUGUCGGAAGUCGAACCCGGCUGCAGCGGCAAUAAAAAUUUCCUGCGUUCUUGACCAAAACACCACGGAGGAAUACGUACAUAACGGUCGUUAUGUACAAACUUCAUAAUAAAGGCAGAUAACCUACGGUUCACCGUUACAGGCGCUGGAAAUUUAAGCCACAACGAUUAGCUCUUAUUUAUUUUCGUAACAUAUAGUCUGUCAAUAGCUAUGUUUCAAAAGCCUCCUAAGAAAUAUAGCAAAAACAUUCUGAUAUCUAAACUUUUUCUCUCUUUUUCCGUCUUACGAUCUGGAGGUCAGUGCCUUUAAAGUAAUUGUAUAUGUAGCAUGUAAAACAACAACAUAGUACAUAUUAAAAGAAACACCAAGAGAAACGGUCGGUGUAAAUAUAU